AUCCAACGAAUAGGAUGAGGCCUAACAAGGCCCAAUACUAAUACGGUUUAAGUAACCGCAACACUCCCCCUCAAGCGAAGACAUGAAUGACAAGAAUGUCAAGUUUGAAGAAGGAAAUGUGAAGAACAAGCAUGAUGGCUUGAACCAAAAACUCGAGAUGAAUAAAAUCUCGGACGAGGUUGAUUGGAGACAACUGACUCUCUCUCUGAACAACCUGAUGAUGGAGACGGUUGACUGCGUCUCUUGAACUUGAACACACUUGGUACAUCGCGGUCGACUUGAUGACUGAGCUAGUCGACCAACGUAUGUUGACCUCCUAUUCUCCCCCUCAAGCCGGAGCAUGAACAACGUGAAUGCCCGGCUUGAAAAGCGAUGAAUGGUUAAUGUGAGCCAUUAAUAAACCGGAAGAGGGGACGACCAUUUCUUGGAUCGUGAUUGCCAACUGGACGAUGAAAGGACGAUUACUUCUUUGAUCGUACUACCUUUUUGAACGCUAGGGGACGACCAUUAUGGAUCGUGAAUGCCUCAAUCGAUACUGGAAAAGCCAAACAACUCAAACAAAGAGGUCCAGCUGCCGACGAGGAACCUUUGAGAUUGCUGGUUUUGCAUCUUUGCCGCCUCAUUUUGGUGAUCCAUGGCUAAACAUGGAAUCCCAUGCUGUUGGCAAAUGAUUACCAAUAUGAACUUGACUCGGCAGAAUUGCAACAGGGUUGCUGCUUCCCUUGGAUGGUGAUAGUGAAAACUACUACGUGGCUUUAACAAAGACAAUGUGUCCCAAUGAGGAGGACAUGACAUGGCCUUAACAAAUACAUGCAACUCCUUUAGAGAAGAGGGACAUGAUUUCACGUGGCCCAUCCAACCACCAUGGAUCAACAGGAGCUUGAUGGCAAGGACUGAUUGAAUCAAGCGGAAUCCUGACAAAACUAGCCAAGCAAUUAAGUUGUUAGCUUCUGACACUCUGGAUAGUCCUCAAAUGAAUAAAGCGUUCAAUUGAACCCAUCCAACCAACCAUCGAGAGCAAAAGGAAUGGUGGCCGAGUACCUUUGACCAGACUCGUCCCUCCGUAACCCUGACAAGACUUCUCUACGGUACAAGCAAGGCGAGGUGCUUGCUUCGAUUGAACACAGUUGUUGAUGCAAGUGGACGAGUACCUUUGACCAGGCAGAAUGAUGGAUUGGCGCCCAUUACAAUAAUUGGAAGAGCCUUUUGUCCCCAAUGAUGUAACGUAACGGAAGCAGACAAAAACUUGAAUACUCUAGCCAAGCUUCAGAAGCGAGAAGUUGAUAAAGAGAUCGCUGGCACCUUGACAAAGCAACCACUCAUUAACCAGAGAACUUUUACCUUCCUAAGACGACGACCACGUUGUGAAGAAAGAAUGCUGACCAGAAGAAGUUGCAUGAAGAAGAAGGAGUCCUGAUGAAAGAAGGAUUUGUUGUUUGAAGACGAAGACGUUUCCUGUAUUAGAAACGUUUCCUUUUUGUUGUUUAAGUUUCAGAGAGCAAAACUGUGUCGUUCCAUGUUACAAUGGUUAGCCGUUGUUAAACAGUGUUUAUUUCUUGUAAUGGCCUAUAAGGCAGAGACACGUGGACUAGCGGGCUAAUUCAAAUUAGCUCAUUGAUAUAUAAACGAAAGCAGAACAGAGAAACCAUAUGAGGGUUCUGCUAUUCUCCAAAUCCCUAUCUAAAAAUCUCAUAUGGUAUCAAAGCGGUUCCGCUACUAGGGUUAUGAUGAAUACUCCGUCGACGAGAAACCAUGGCCGUCCUCAGUCAUCAGGAAAUGGGUCAGCUGGGAUAACUGGAUCUGGUGUUCAAGGAGUUCAAUUUGGGACUUGCACAGACAAGCAAGGAAACCAACAACAAUUCACAUCUGGACCCAGAUCUGAGGUAAUCACAUUCGGCAAUCCCUACUAUCUCAACCCUAAUGAAGCUCUCAAUCAGUCUAUUGGUACGGAGGUGUUUGAUGGAACCAACUACACUAUGUGGAGUCGAUCUGUAGUAAUGGGUCUUAAGAUGAAACAUAAGCUUGGGGUUCAUAGAUGGGAGUAUCCCAAUUCCUCUAGUGACUGAUGAGAGGUAUUUGUUGUGGGAUGCUUGUAACACAGCUGUCUUAUCAUGGAUUUUGAACUCCCUGCACAAAGAUCUAAAGAUAUCUGUAAUGAAUCAAAUCAAUGCUAAGGUCUUAUGUGAUGAGCUGAAAAGAAUAUAUGGUAAACCUAAUGCUAUUAGACUCAUUAACCUGGAGGAUGACAUCCAUAAGCAGAAACAAGGAAACCUCACAAUCAAUCAGUAUCACACUUUGAUUAAGGGGUUGUGGGAAGAAUAUGUCAAAUUCAAUCCAAUAGUUCCUUGUAACUGUGCCCUAGGAAAUCCCAAUCCUUGUGACGCUGUGGUUGCUUAUAUAGAGAGACAAGAAACAGACUAUUUGAUAAGGUUUUUAAGGGGUCUUCAUCCAGAUUAUGAGAUCAUUAAAAGUCAGUUGUUGUCACAGAAACCCCUUCCUACUGUUUCAGAAGCAGUGGAUGAUCUUCUUUUGUAUGAGCAUAAACUAAAAGCAGAAUCUAUGACAAGUGGAAGAAAGAGUCAGACCGUGGCAUUAGCAGUUGAAGCUGGACAAGAAGGGAAGCCAAAAACACAAGUCAAGAAACAAUGUGUUUACUGUAAGAGGUAUGGGCAUAAUGUGGAUGAAUGUUAGAAGAUCAAGAAGAAAAGAGAGAUGGAAGAUGGAGGAACACCCAGAAGUGGACAGGGUAAUGUCACUGGUUUUGCUGGUUCAGUUUCACAGAACAACUCCAGUGAUACUUCAACAGAGUCAAGCUUUGGCAGUUCUAAUGACACUACUGGAAAUAGCCCUGUAAGUUCUUCUAAGACUGUAAUGGGUUUUACACCUGAGGAAAUGAACAGGCUAAGGCACAUGAUGCAAGCUGGUGGUAAUGCUGUCACCUCACCACCACUUUCUCCCAUUAUAGCACACAAUGCUUAUUCUGUCUCCCAAUUCUUGCCUCCAUAUCCCAACUAUGCAGGUAAAUUCUGCCUUUCAACCUUUUCACCACAAAUAACUCCUUCUGUAGAUGCUCUAUGGAUAGUAGAUACUGGUGCUUCAGACCAUAUCUCUUGCUCUUUAAACCUACUUAUAGAACAUAGAGAAGUGCGAAUGUUUUUGUUCAUCUGCCUAAUGCCUCUAAGGUUUUAGUCACUAACAUUGGAACUAUUAGAUUGCCUGCAGGACUCCAUCUCUACAAUGUGCUUUUAGUACCCAUCUUUGCUUUUAACCUCAUUUCAGUUAGUAGGCUUACUCAUGACCAACCUCUAGUCUUACAUUUUCAUUCCAACUUGUGCCAAAUUCAGGACCCAGUAAGCUCGAGGAUGAUUGGUUUAGCAAGAGAACGUAGAGGCCUUUACUACCUGUCUUUCACCUCAUCAGACCAAGUCCACGAACCAGAAUCACACUUCACAGCAGCCACUUCUUUCAAUUUCAAACCACAGAACUUUGAUGUUUGGCAUUGGAGGCUAGGACAUGCUAGUAGUGAUAGGAUUUCAAUGUUACAGCAAACUGAUUCCACUGUAACUCUGACUCGCUCCUACCGUCACUCUAGAAAAUGGCCAAGUGUAACCAGUUCCUAAAGCGUAGUAUAGCAGGUUUGGGCGUUUUAAUGUUAACCCGGGUCCUAGAUGUGAUGACUACUCCGUGAGUUCUUAUUAUUUAGCAGUGAAACUUUAGUGAAGGUCAAACCAAGCAAACAAGCAAGCAAUUAAACGGUUGUUUUCAAGUCGAGAGAGGUCACCCGGAUAUGGUUCCCCCUAGACUGCAGUUAAGCCGGAUUGUAAUUUGCCAAGUUCAAUUUCAAUGAUAGUUAUACUGCGGGAGGUUCUCAAACAGUCUAAAGUCUUGACUAAAGGUCUCCAUACCCUCUCAAUCUGAGUCCCCAGCAGGCGACUAAACUCCACCGAAGUAAACAGAUUGAGGCCCUAACAAACAAAACCUCCACUACCGAAGUAAAUCCAGUAUAGAAUAAUGAAUUGACUUCUCGACUAAAGUCGCCAAUUCACUACCUCAAUCAAGGGUGCUCUAUCAACCUAGGCAGAUAUUCUCUUUCUAGGUUAAAGCAGAAACAACGGGAAUUGAUCAGGAUUCAUGCCAUUCAACUAAUCAAAUAUCAAUUGAACAUAAUAGUAUCAAUGAAUCUGUACUUGGGUUCAUACAAUCAGACCUAACAUAAAAAUCUAGGGUUCUUCAUACCCAGGUGAAUAAGAAAACUACUCCAUAGAGAGAGAUGGGAAAUCUAGCUCAGAUGCGGAAACCAUACUGUGAAGGAUGAUAAUCUGCUUCUGGCACUCAAUCAGGUCUUCUCCAAGCUCAAGCUGGGCUCCAAUGGUGAUGGAGAUCGAUCUAUGACACUUGCAGAGUCAGGUUCGUCGCUUUCUCUCUCUAGGUCGCACUUUUUCUCUCUAAAACUCGGAACUCCUUCUCCUUUGCUGAAAAUUGGGUUAAAACUCAGAAAAUCCUAACUCACACGGCCAGGCCACACGACCGUGUGACAUCCCCGGCUUCCCGUGUGUGUUGUGCAAACCGCGGCGUUUUGAUAAGUGACUCAGGCUUCCUACACGGCCACGACCCACACGGCCGUGUGGAAUUCCAGGAUGCCCGUGUGAGUUCCCUGGAAUUUCCACACGGCCACAGAGGGUCACCUACACGGCCCGUGUGACUUUGCCCGUGCAAUUUGGUGCCACAUGGCCAGGCCACACGGCCGUGUAGGUUUUAGGCGUGCCCGUGUGGCUCCAUCAGCUUCACGCCACAUGUCCAAUCUUCAUCCAAUCGACCCCAAACUCGUCCCCAAACCUUCAUUCACGUACUAGGACCUGAAAUAUCACAAACAAGAACAACCUAGCGUGAAAUCAGCCUAAAACACGAGAAUCGAUAUCUCAAACGGCUCAAGAAUAGGGUUAAAAAAAAUGUGCCAUUAACGGUCUAUCAAACUCCCCCACACUUAACUGUUUGCUUGUCCCCAAGAAAACCUAACUCAAACCAAUGCAACUCUUCAGACCUCUAUAGCAACAAACAACCCCGAUCGUCGGUAGAGGAUUUUCUAGUUCAUAUAGCAGCUUACGAGGUCAACUGGUUUUCUAAGACGUUCCCUAUUUCUCUCAAUGCUAGUACUAGACUCAAGCCAGGAUCAUGAGAAGCAGUGGAAGUAAGACAGUCAGUUCAUGGAUAAAGGUACUCACACCAUUCACAAUCAAGGACUCGUGAUACU